AUGGCGUUGGUUACAUUGACAGUCCUUCUAUUUUUUAUAACUGCUGUAAUAUUUACAAUAUUCAUAUCAUAUAAGGAUACAGCCAUUGUUAAAGCAAAUAACCAAAAUCUCAGCUACAUCCUCCUGGUCUCCAUCAUGAUGAGCUUCCUGUGUGUGCUUUUAUUCCUUAGUCAUCCUUCUGAUGUAAUCUGCAUGCUCCGUCAGACCAGUGUUGGAGUCAUCUAUUCAAUAGGCAUGUCUUGUAUAUUGGCCAAGACGAUCAUGGUGUGUAUCGCUUUCAAAGCCACAAAACCUGGCAGUGUACUGAAAAAAUGGUUUGGACCCAAAUUGCAGAAUUCUGUAGUCUUGUUGUGCUCAUCUGUUCAAUUUGUAAUAUGUAUUAUAUGGCUGGCUAUAUGUCCACCCUAUCAAGAAGUAGAUAUUCACUCUUACCAGGAAAAGAUCAUUUUUCAAUGUAAUGAAGGACUGGUUACUGCUUUCUAUUCUGUGUUGGGUUACAUGGGUUUUUUGGCUGCUAUGAGUUUUAUUCUGGCUUUCAUGGUGAGGACAUUACCAGACAGUUUUAAUGAGGCCAAAUACAUUACCUUCAGCAUGCUGGUGUUUAGCAGUGUUUGGAUUGCAAUGAUCCCGGCCUAUCUGAGCACCAAAGGGAAAAACAUGGUGGCUGUAGAAAUUUUUGCCAUAUUGACCUCAAGUGCUGGACUUUUAGGAUGUAUAUUUUUUCCAAAAUGUUACAUUAUCCUAUGGAAACCUGAAUUAAACACAAAAACACAUUUGAUUGUAAAGGGAAACAGAGGUAUUUCUGUUUAA